CUGACGGAUGUUGGUUUUUAUCGGUGAGUCAAGUUAAAUAUACACACAACUUCAAGUCAAUGCACCAAAAAAAUGAAUCCUUUAAUGUUAACCAUUCUGCUCAUGGUUCAGCCAUCUGUAUUUGGACAAAGUGGAUCAGGAGAUGAUGAGACCGUGGAUGACGUAAUUGAACUGAUGGCGUGUUUGUCCCACCUGAGUCUGCAGCUGCAACAGUCCCUGGUGUGUAAUUUAAUGGAUGACUUCAACGGAGACAUAAGUUACAACAGUACAGUGCAAGUAUGCGGUGAAUUUGUUAAUUUUAAAGGCUGCAUGAACAUGACGAUGGAUGACCAUGACAAAAGAUACGUACUAAACACAAAAGAGUUUUUAGCCAUCUCUACAUAUGACGUUCGCACCUUCACAACCACCUCAAACCGAUACUUCUCUCAAGCAAUAAACUUGAGACAUAUUAUUAAACCAAUGGCACCUUACAAUGUGAAUGCUUCUUACUCAGAAAAACAACAUGCGUCUUACAUAACAUUUGACUCGCCAUAUUCUGCAUUACCAUCAAAAGAUUACUUGACAGAAAAACUUGUCCAUUCUGUUGCUUUCAGAAUUCAGAACAGUGGACAAUGGGAGUAUCAAAACAUAACAUACCAGCCCCUAAAGAUUGAAGGAAAGUAUUUAAAACCGAACUGCAUUUAUGAAGUUAAGUGUCGUUCUAUCCCUAAUGGGGAAUAUUUUAAAGGCUAUUGGAGUGACUGGAGCAAUGUGGCAACUUUUAAAACGCCUGCAGUACAUACAAAUCCUGACAAAUCUGUAUUACUUUAUAUAGUCAGCCCUGCCAUCUUAAUUCUGGUGCUCGUCAUCUUUAAAAUUGCUUUUGUGCGCUGGAAGGAAAAUAUUAUAUCGUAUCUUUGGCCAAGUAUUCCAAACCCCAAAAAUACUUUGGAGCAAAUGUACAAGAAGCAAGGUCAGGGUCAUAAAGCAAGCUUCAACCCGGAGACAUUUGGAGACCACAAUAUUCACAUGGUUAACGGAAUGGAAGAAAAGGUUAUCGCUGAAUGCCUGCUUUCCCCUUCUCCUACUGACCCCCCGGACACACAAGAGAGGAGUCAGCCGAGUUUGCAUCUGAAAAACGAAUUGCCAAAUGUUAUGGUGUCCCAGGCCCAGGACCAAUGGCUCCUGAGUGAAAGAUGCAACGAAGAUAGCGCUGACCCUCAGGCUACCUCAGAUAUAGAAGGCUGCUCUCCCGGGAUCACAACCUCAGGAAGUAAUCCCUCAAACAACGAGCCUGUAAGUGACUGUGUGUGCGCCUCAGUGGGUCAGGCAACUGGACGAGAUGAGGCAUAUGUCACAAUGUCCAAUUUCUAUAAAACGCAAUGAAUUGUAUCCACAUGUAGGCAUGUAGUCAGAGGACCAACUCUUUUUGAGUAGUCAAAGGACCAAGUAGUCAAAGGACCAACUCUUUUUGAUUUCAUUUUCAUAUUAUGGGCUAUUUUUUUAUUAAUCUAUCUAUCUACCUAUCAACAGUAAUUCAAUUAAAUGAAGUUCCUUUGUGGUGUAAAUUAGCACAGUACAUCAAGUAGCAAUGUAAAAUUGGCCAUGGUUGUUGGCUAUGGCUUACACUAACUGCAAAAGCAUGUUUUUAAUAUUGUAAAUCAAGGCAUUAUAUAUUCACAGUCCAUUGCUGGUCAGUCAAAGGAUUAAGAGAUGUAUAUUUAACUUUUUGCAGUUUUAUCUAAUUACAUAUAGUAAAUGUAAGGUUUUUUUUUUUUUUUCCCGUUUGUCUAAACGUUUAUUAAUAGUACACUGAUUAGUAAUAGCAAGUGGAAUAUUAUUUUCACAUUCAAAGUGCAUUGGCUGCUAAUGGUCUUACAGAGUAAACAUCAUUCUGCUUUUUAUUUUGCACUAAAAUGUUUUAAGAAUUAAGAACAAGAUUCUCGAACAAUCCUGCAGUAUACCUCAGAAUUUCCAUGGAUUUAGUAAACUAGCAUAAUAAUCUCCAGAGUUGUUUUUUAUUUCUCUGCUGUCUUCAUCUAACAGGUGGUCAAAGCCUUUAUAGAAUAAUCACUCUUUUUGUUUAUCUUGCACUUUUAAACAAUACAUUUACUAUAAAAUAAACCUACUCACUUGACAGAAAAGCAACAAGACCACUCUUCCAUUCUGUUCUGUUUUUUGUCCUGACUUGAAAGUGCAGCUUAUCUUAAUUGACUUCACUUAAAAAACGCAUGCUACAGUAACACUACAGUAGGUGUUAGUAAUUCAAGUGUAACUGCGUAUGAACAAAGACACAAUUUCUAAAUUAACAACAUCUCUGAUAUAUUAUAUAUCUUCAUGCCUUCAUUCGUGUGUGUGCAUUUUCAUAGACAAAAAGGUGUUCCUUAUAUUAUGUAAAUGUUUUAAAUAUUUCACUACUUAACUGUUUAAUAUUCUAUUAAUAAGGCACCCCUAUGAAUGGAGCUUAUAUGAAUUGUGGCAUUUGCCUCUGCCACCACACCUGCUAAUAUUUUACAAACCAUUUAAUUUGGUGUCUCCAAUGUAAAUUAAUCUAAUGCAGAUCUAUACAAUAGUCAUGGGUGUUUUCUGUGUUAUUUGGAUUAAAGGUGGCACACUGACAUACUAUCAAACCUCACAAUGCUGUCCAAAUUUAGUUUUUUAAAGAACAUUGUUUAUGUUAUUCACAGGACAUAUUCGUAAAAAAAAAAAGACAAUUACCAACCUGCUCCUUUAAUUUCAGUUUUGUGUCAGCACAUCACAAUACGUAUUAACAUCUGUACAACACAAUUAUUAUUAUGUGUUUUGUUUUUUGUUUUUUUUGUUUUUUAAACAAUGUAGGCUGAAGGAAUUGAAGAACAGUCAUUGGUCAAAUUAUAAUCAUAAAUGUCCACCGAUUUUGGGACUGUACAACCCUAAAGCUGUACAAAGAAAAAUAUAAAGUUGCUGCAGAUAUCAAAGAAAAUAUCUUUUCUUUUCUCAUUUGUGUCUGAUUGCUACUGUUUUCUUGUAAUUAAUCUAUUAUAUCCAUGCAUUGCAUAAUAAUUGGGUAAAACUACAAAACUGGUACUGGACUGAAAUAAAAUAAAUAUAUUAAUGGCUUGACCUCAAUCAAAUCUUUGUCUUUAUAUAACCAACUCCCCCCUACCGGUGAAGGCUGUCCACACCCACCAUAUGUUGAUAAAACACAUUAAGAAAAUAAAGAGGGCUAGAAAAAGUAAACACCUAGAAAAGGAACUUCAGCUCUGGCCAAAUGUUUGGCAUCACCCUAUAGAAUUAACUAAUUUUGCUUCACAAAGUCGAAUGAAACCUGCUGAAUUAUGUUUCGUUAACAUAUUGAAUUACAUACUGCUUUGUAGUUUUACAUAAACUUAAUCAAUAACUGACAAAAAUCGAAACACCAGUAGACCUAUGUUUUGUUUUUAAGUGCUUCCCAAAGCAAUCAGGGUUCAAAUGAGAACAUGAAAAUAGAGAUAUGGGCCCGGAACCAAAAUAAACAGGUUCUUAAAAAAAUCUGCUUUCAAAUUAGACA